UUCCAAGAGGAUCUGUCUUUUAAAAAAUAUACAGCACAAAGCACAACGCACAUUGGUUGUAAAACUACAAUAUGUAACUCUGUAUACGGUGCACCUAAUGCAGUGGAUAGGCUCAAUAAUACUUGUACAAGAACGGAACCUAUUAGUCCAGGACAUACCAAUACAGUUUGGUGGUAUGUAGAUUUAGGCGAUGUGUACAAUAUCUAUGAAGUGUCGAUCAUCUUCAAAACUUACGAAGGUUGGGAAUCAAGGCAGAGGGGUCGUUUUGCUGGAUUUUCUCUCUAUCUUUCCAAUUCCACAAAUAUAAAAGAGGGUACUUUGUGUUACAAAAAUAAUGACGAAAUACCCACCUUAGAGUUCAGUACAACCUGCAUUGGACAUGCUCGCUAUGUUUUCUUCUACAACGAGAGACUCGGAGGAAUUACAUAUCCUGAAGGAUAUGAAAAUUUGUCUUAUACAGAGCUUUGUGAAUUUAUUGUCCUAGGCUGUGCCAGAUUAGACAUGUAUGGAGAAAAAUGUGAGUUGAAAUGCCCUAAAAAUUGUCAGCAAAAAAGUUGUGAUAUUGUUAAUGGAUCUUGUCAUUUCUGCAACCCAGGUUGGACUGGUGAAUUCUGUGAUAUAGAAUGUACGCAUGAGACAUUUGGUCUGAACUGUAGACAUAAUUGUUCUGGCCACUGUUUGGAAGGAAUUUCUUGUAAUCACGUGACCGGUUAUUGUGACAAGGGAUGUGCUUCAGGAUGGACUGGAAAAUAUUGUGAGAUAUCAUGUGAUGAUGGAAAAUAUGGUCCAGACUGUGCAUUUAACUGCAGUGGCAAUUGCAAGAAUAAUUAUCAAUGUAACAAAGAAACUGGACACUGUGACGUUGGAUGUUACCCUGGGUAUAUUGGAAAAGGCUGUACUGAACUUUGUUCUGCUGGAACAUUUGGAGAAGAUUGUUUAAAACUCUGCAGUAGUAAUUGCCAAUACAAUGAAACAUGUAGUCCCUUUAAUGGUGAAUGUAUGAACGGUUGUGCUCCUGGAUAUAACGGGUCACGAUGUGGCACAAUUUGCCCAGAUGGCUCGUUUGGUUUCAAUUGUUCUAAUGUAUGCUCUCCUUACUGCAUUGACAUCUGUGGAUAUGCUGAUGGCAAAUGUAGAUGUAUGCCUGGUUUUAAAGGCUCCCCGUCCUGCGCAACAGCCUGUUCAGAGGGUUCUUUUGGGAUAAACUGCCAAUACAAAUGUAGUGGUCACUGUGUCGGUAACGAGACCUGCAGCAGGUAUGACGGAAGCUGCUCCAGAGGAUGCAAAGAACCGUAUUCAGGUUUAGCUUGUGAUGUGAAAUGCGACACUUCAACAACUACAUCAACAGUAGGAUUUGCCAUAGUAAUUGGAAUAUUAUGCAUUGCUUUGAUAGCUGUCUCCUUUAUAUUCUUCAGGCAGCGACUCAGUUUUGUUAUCAGGGUAAAGGGGAGAAAAUUAAUACUGAAAACCGCAAUUAUUGAAAAUUCACCUCCGAAGAGAGAAGAUGAAAAACCUGAUUAUUUUGAACUUGAAGCUUCCGGCAACACGCCUUCAUAUGACACGUUGACUAAGUCUAAAAAUUCACGCUAUUUCCUGAAAAAAUGCUUUGAUGUAAAGGAAAAAUUGAGUAAAUCAACACUGAAAGAUAAUCGUUUUGUCAAACAUUCACCUCCGCCGCAAAAAGAGGAUGAGAUUCCUAAAUACUUAGAACUUGAUGCUGCAAGUGACAUGCCCUCAUAUGAAAAUUUUCCUGUAUCUUAAAAUUAUUGCGCUUAUCGGAACACAUUAUUUAAGGAAUGACUCUAAUUCUUGGGCAAAUUGUUCGAUUAUAACCUGGCUUGGGUCAGUUUACGCUUUUUUUAUAAUCCGCUUCGCUUCCUUAAUGUCUGAAAUAAAUGUUUAAAAAAGUAUGUAAUUCCAUGAACAACAGGUAUACUAUCCAACAUAAAAGAAAUUACAAUGGGAAACUCAUCUUCAUUGCAAACAAUCUGAAAGAUAUCAUGUACAUAUGUCUUUUCAAUUUUGAUUAUUUAUUUUAUUUAUUUGAUACCAAUUACAGAUAUUUUCAUAUUAUUGUAUAAAAACUAUGUGUUUUCAACGUAUA